GUUCCAAUUUAUGGUUCGGAAAUACUUCUGCCCUCUAAGAGUUGGUAGUUUCUUUUGGAGAGAAAGCAAUAAGCCACAGAACAGACCUGAUGGUGGCUCGUGUGGUUGACAUAGUAAGUGCUGAACGUGUAAAACUGCCUGCUGAAAACCGUUUUUUCACAGACUGGCUCACUGGCUGCCUAUUUCGCUUGCUGUGUUCUGUGUUGGCCAUGGCUGCUAGUUUCCAGCAGAAAAUCUUGGUGGCUGAGCGAAUUUGUGACCCAGAAAGUAGCAACUAAGUGCCUGGGAUGCUGACUGGAGGCGGGUGCGUGCUCUGAGGUCCCCGAGAAGCCCUGCACGCCAUGGACCCGGAUCCCCAGGCGGGUGUGCAGGUGGGCAUGCGUGUGGUGCGUGGCAUGGACUGGAAGUGGGGCCAGCAGGACGGUGGCGAGGGCGGCGUGGGCACGGUAGUGGAGCUCGGCCACCAUGGCAGCCCCUCGACCCCCGACCGCACGGUUGUCGUGCAAUGGGACCAGGGCACCCGCACCAACUACCGCGCUGGCUACCAGGGCGCACACGACCUGCUGCUCUACGACAAUGCGCAGAUUGGCGUCCGCCACCCCAACAUCAUCUGCGACUGCUGCAAGAAGCACGGGCUGCGGGGCAUGCGCUGGAAGUGCCGUGUCUGCUUCGACUAUGACCUCUGCACGCAGUGCUACAUGCACGGCAAGCACGACCUUGCCCACGCCUUUGAGCGCUAUGAGACGGCCCACUCGCGCCCUGUCACACUGAGUCCCCGCCAAGGCCUCCCAAGGAUCCCACUAAGGGGCAUCUUCCAGGGUGCAAAGGUGGUGCGAGGCCCCGACUGGGAGUGGGGCUCACAGGACGGAGGGGAAGGGAAGCCAGGCCGUGUGGUGGACAUCCGUGGCUGGGAUGUGGAGACAGGCCGGAGUGUGGCUAGCGUGACAUGGGCUGAUGGUACCACCAACGUGUACCGUGUGGGCCACAAGGGCAAGGUGGACCUCAAGUGUGUGGGCGAGGUAGCCGGUGGUUUCUACUACAAGGAGCAUCUCCCAAGGCUUGGCAAGCCAGCAGAGCUGCAGCGCAGGGUGAGUGCUGACGGCCAGCCCUUCCAGCAUGGGGACAAGGUCAAGUGUCUGCUGGAUACAGACAUCCUGAGGGAGAUGCAGGAAGGCCAUGGUGGCUGGAACCCCAGGAUGGCAGAGUUUAUUGGACAGACGGGCACCGUGCACCGCAUCACGGACCGCGGAGAUGUGCGUGUGCAGUUCAACCAGGAGACCCGCUGGACCUUCCACCCUGGGGCUCUCACCAAGCACAACUCCUUCUGGGUUGGAGAUGUGGUCCGGGUCAUCGACGACCUUGACACAGUGAAGCGGCUGCAGGCUGGCCAUGGCGAGUGGACGGAUGACAUGGCUCCUGUGAGUGACCCGUCUCUGUCCCCAUCCCCAUACACACCUCAGACCUGCUGUGACCCUGCCUCUCCCCCUCAGGCCCUGGGCCGCAUCGGGAAAGUGGUGAAGGUGUUUGGAGAUGGGAACCUGCGUGUGGCAGUUGGUGGUCAGCGGUGGACCUUCAGCCCCUCUUGCCUGGUGGCCUACCGUCCAGAGGAGGAUGCCAACCUGGAUGUGGCUGAGCGUGCCAGGGAGAACAAAGGCUCACUGAGCAUGGCCCUAGACAAGUUACGGUCCCAGAAGAGUGACCCGGAGCACCCAGGGAAGCUGGUGGUGGAGGUGGUACUGGGCAACGUGGCCAGGGCUCUGGACCUGCUGCGGAGGCACCCAGAGCAGGUAGAUACCAAGAACCAGGGCAGGACCGCCCUGCAGGUGGCUGCCUGCCUGGGCCAGGUGGAGCUGGUGCGGCUGCUGCUGCAAGCAAGGGCAGGCAUGGACCUACCAGAUGACGAGGGCAACACCGCGCUGCACUAUGCGGCUCUGGGGAACCAGCCUGAGACCAUCCGGGUGCUCCUGAGCGCGGGGUGCAAGGCAGACACUCUCAAUGGCACGCGCAACACGGCACUGCACGUGGCCGUGCAGAGGGGCUUCCUGGAGGUGGUGAGGGUCCUGUGUGAGUGCGGCUGUGAUGUCAACCUGCCUGAUGCUCAUGCCAACACACCUCUGCACUCUGCCAUCUCGGCGGGUGCCGGCGCCAGUGGCAUUGUGGAGGUCCUCACAGAGGUGCCAGGCAUUGACGUCACUGCCACCAACAGCCAGGGCUUCACGCUGCUGCACCACGCGUCCCUCAAGGGCCAUGUGCUAGCCGUCAGGAAGAUCCUAGCACGGGCACGGCAGCUGGUGGACGCCAAGAAGGAGGAUGGCUUCACCGCGCUGCACCUGGCUGCCCUCAACAACCACCGCGAGGUGGCCCAGAUCCUCAUCCGGGAGGGCCGCUGUGACGUAAACGUGCGCAACCGGAAGCUCCAGUCCCCGCUGCAUUUGGCCGUGCAGCAGGCCCACGUGGGGCUGGUGCCUCUGCUGGUGGACGCCGGCUGCAGCCUCGACACCGAAGACGAGGAGGGGAAUACAGCCCUGCACGUGGCGCUGCAGCGUCAUCAGCUGCUGCCGCUGGUGGCUGACGGGGCCGGGGGGGACCCAGGGCCUUUGCAGCUGCUGUCCAGGGUGAGGAAGGAGGGGGCUGGGUGCUGGAGAGGUGGCUGUGGCACUUAGCUGCAGGCUCUGGCCAGGGCCUGAGCGACUGUCCACUUCCA